CGCGUCCUACGCCAGACCAGACACGUUCUUCUUUCGAAUUUUCGACUGAGACGCGCACACACGGGAGCGGGGGAGCGGAGGAACGAGAGAGAGAGCGUUCGCACACGUGAACCGAAGAUAUCGCGAGAGUGCAAAGCCUUGUGCGUGCGCGUGAUGCGUAUUUUUGCGAACGGUAAAUUCUCAGUUCCACGUCGCGCUCACACGCUCGGGAAAGACUCGGCCUCGCCAACUAUCAUGUUCCGAAUGAUACAACAAGAAGCAUUUUUUCGACCUCCGUGCGGUUAGAUCUCCGUGAUAAAUGUAAAAACGUAAUUUAAGUUUAUCGUCUGUUAGGUUAGGUUAGCGAAUUUCCCGCAGAGGCUUCUCUCAGGAAGUGGCACGCGUAAAUAAGCCAAAACCAAAGCUGCGGUCAGACUAGGUGGAAAAACUGCCGGAAGGAUCAGCGGAGAGAGCUUGAUUGUUCCAUGUAUUUGGUUUAUAUAAGUUUUGUAUUAAAAAAACGGAUAUAAACAGGACGCGUAUGAGGAAAACGUAAUCGAUGCUCGUUGUAUCGCCACGUUGCGUCUGUAAGUCGGAGAUCUUACUUUGAGACAGUGUGGGAAAUGCGAGAUUAUAGAUGUCCGAAACAGGGGAGGAACGUGCAGUUAGAUUGUUUACGGCUGCGGAGAUAAUGAAGAACGCCAGAGCCAAGGAAACCGAGGAGCAAGCGGCGAUAAGGAGAAUGCAAGAGGCCCAGCGAAUGGCCCGACAUCGUGCGAAGAAAAAGCGUUGUCUGGACGAGAGUCUUGCGCGAGAGAUCUCAAAAAUCGCCGAGCUAUCAAAGAUGCCGCCUCCCGAUCCGGCCGCCUUAGCCCAAAUGUCGGAGAUAAAUAUGAACAAGAUAUCAGCGGAAUUGAAGCAAAUGAUGGAGAGAGGAAAAGUACCUGAGCAUAUAGUUCAAAUGGCUCAACUUGCAGAGUUUAGCAAAAUGAAUUCCGAGUUAAACAAGAUGUCGCAAGACAUGGCAAAGAGAUACGAGAUGGAAAAGAUGGCGGAGUACGCCAAAACCACGGAAUAUAUGAAGAUGCAGGAGAUCGCGAAGAUGAACGAAAUGGUUAAGCUAACGGAAAUGGCCAAGUAUAACGACAACAUAAACAAGAUAAACGAAAUGGCGAAGAUGAACGAAAUGAUGAAGAUGUCACAGAUGGCCAAGAUGGAGGUUCAGCGAAUGAACGAGCUCGCGAAGCUGAACGAGAUGGUGAAGAUGACCGAGAUGGCCAAGUACAACAACGACAUCACAAAACUGAACGAGAUCGCGCAGAUCAACGAGAUGGCGAAGGAGAUCGCCAAGAUAAACGAGAAAACGAAAAUGAACGAGAUGAUGAAAAUGGCGAAUAUUCAAAACGACAUUAAGAUGCCCGAGUACUCGAAGAUGGCAAACGAGAUGGCGAAACUCACCGAGUUGGCCAAACUGAACGAGAUAACGAUCACGAAGCUGAACGACCCGCCGCCGCCGCCGACACCCGCGACGACGAUGCCGAAGAUACCGGAGAUUCCGCCGCCCCCGCCACCUCCACGUAUUCCCGAACCUGUGAUCACCGUGCCAAAUCCAAGGAAUCUGCAGAACGUGCAGACCGUACAAGUGGCGCAGGCCAGCCCGUCCAGCAUGAUCAACUUCUCGACCGUGCCUGGCCAAAACAAUUACGGCAAACUGUUGAUGAUCAUCGAGGAACUCGGCAGGGACAUUCGUCUGUCCUACGCGGGCAGUCGCAGCGCCGCCGAGAGGCUGAAGAACGGGAUUCAGCAGGCCCGAGUUGCCGUGCGGGAUUGUCUGCUGGAGACCCAACACAACGCGCAACAAUGAUCUGCUGCCGACGAGCUAGCUAGUGAUUAGACUACUUCUAGCCUUCUAUUACGUGAAGAGAAUAUUGCUUUGUGCGAGAGUAACGCUUAGAGUUUGAACUUGGGAAAAUUAAUUAAACGCGAGAGGGGGUGUAUACAUACUUAGAGCGAGCAUUUCGCGCGUUUUUCAGAAUCGAAUCGUUUCGGCAUUUUGUUUGUCCACCUCGCGCGCGAGACGAAAAACACAAUAACAAUUUAUAUUUCCACGCUUGAUCUACGUAUGUACGCCCGUACGUUGGAAAAAACAAAAAAAUAAAAAAAAUAAAAAAAAAACGGUGACCGACGACUUCCUAACUUUUAAGUUGCAAUUUAGAAGUACAUAGAGAGAACUCAGAAUGGGGUACCAAUUUGUAUACACACUAUGUAUACUCUAUUUAUAGAGAAUCUUGGUUUAUAUAUUUUAUAAAAAA